UGUAUUGAAUGAUUCCGGCCGGUUGCUUUCCGUUCAUAUAAUGCAUACAACUCUGGUUGCUGGUUGGGCGGGCUCGAUGGCUUUGUAUGAAUUAGCAGUUUUUGAUCCUUCUGACCCUAUUCUUGAUCCGAUGUGGAGACAGGGUAUGUUCGUUAUACCCUUCAUGACUCGUUUAGGAAUAACCAAUUCGUGGGGGGGUUGGAGUAUCAUAGGCGGAACUGUAACGAAUCCGGGGAUUUGGAGUUACGAAGGUGUAGCUGGGGCACAUAUUGUGUUUUCUGGCUUAUGCUUUUUGGCAGCUAUCUGGCAUUGGGUCUAUUGGGAUCUAGAAAUAUUUUCUGAUGAACGUACAGGAAAACCCUCUUUGGAUUUGCCCAAGAUCUUUGGAAUUCAUUUAUUUCUCUCCGGGGUGGCUUGCUUUGGUUUUGGUGCAUUUCAUGUAACAGGUCUGUACGGCCCUGGAAUAUGGGUGUCCGAUCCUUAUGGACUGACGGGAAGAGUACAGCCUGUAAAUCCGUCCUGGGGCGUGGAAGGUUUUGAUCCUUUUGUUCCGGGAGGAAUAGCUUCUCAUCAUAUUGCAGCAGGUACACUGGGCAUAUUAGCGGGUCUAUUCCAUCUUAGCGUUCGACCGCCACAACGUCUAUACAAAGGGUUACGUAUGGGAAAUAUUGAAACUGUACUCUCCAGUAGUAUCGCGGCUGUCUUUUUUGCAGCUUUUGUUGUUGCUGGAACUAUGUGGUAUGGUUCAGCAACUACUCCCAUCGAAUUGUUUGGUCCCACUCGUUAUCAAUGGGAUCAGGGUUAUUUCCAGCAAGAGAUAUAUCGAAGAGUUAGCGCCGGGCUAGCCGAAAAUCAAAGUUUAUCAGAAGUCUGGUCUAAAAUUCCUGAAAAAUUAGCUUUUUAUGAUUAUAUCGGCAAUAAUCCGGCAAAAGGAGGAUUAUUUAGGGCAGGCUCAAUGGAUAACGGAGAUGGAAUAGCGGUAGGAUGGUUAGGACAUCCUAUCUUUAGAGAUAAAGAAGGGCGUGAGCUUUUUGUACGUCGUAUGCCCACUUUUUUUGAAACAUUUCCAGUCGUUUUGGUAGACGGCGACGGGAUUGUUAGAGCGGAUGUACCUUUUCGAAGGGCAGAAUCCAAGUAUAGUGUUGAACAAGUAGGUGUAACCGUUGAGUUUUAUGGCGGCGAACUUAAUGGAGUCAGUUAUAGUGAUCCUGCUACUGUGAAAAAAUAUGCUAGACGUGCUCAAUUGGGUGAAAUUUUUGAAUUAGAUCGCGCAACUUUGAAAUCCGAUGGUGUUUUUCGUAGCAGUCCAAGGGGUUGGUUUACUUUUGGGCAUGCUUCGUUUGCUUUGCUCUUCUUCUUCGGACACAUUUGGCAUGGUGCUAGAACCUUGUUCAGAGAUGUUUUUGCCGGCAUUGACCCAGAUUUGGAUGCUCAAGUAGAGUUUGGAGCAUUCCAAAAACUUGGGGAUCCAACUACAAGAAGACAGGCAGUCUGAUACAAGACCGCUUUGGCAUUUUUCCCCUCUAUUUUAGGGGGGAUUUUACAUAGAGUACCGGAGUGAAUUUGAAUCACCGCUUUUUUUUUUGCUCUUUCAAGAUGAUUCCCAAAAAUAAAAUGAAAAAAAAAAAAACGAACAAGUAGGAAAGCUAUAAUUGUAAACCACGAUCAAAUUUAUGGAAGCAUUGGUUUAUACAUUCCUUUUAGUCUCGACUCUAGGGAUCAUUUUUUUCGCUAUUUUUUUUCGAGAAACACCUAAAGUUCCAACUAAAAAGGUAAAAUGAUUUUUCAUUAUCUCAAUUGAAGUAAUGAGCCUCCCAAUGCUGGGAGGCUCAUUACUUCAACUAGUCCCCGUGUUCCUCGAAUGGAUCUCUUAGUUGUUGAGAAGGUUGCCCAAAAGCGGUAUAUAAGGCGUACCCGGUAAAACUUACAAGUAAACCAGAUAUAAAAAUGGCGACUAGGGUUGCUGUUUCCAUUAUGAUUAUAUAAUUUCAAGACCCCAACGUAUCUAUCAUAAGAUCGUUUAUUUACAACGGAAUCGUAUACAAAGUCAACAGAUCUCAAUGAAUAGAAUAGGAUUUAUGGCUACACAAACUGUUGAGAACAGUUCUAGAUCGGGUCCAAGACGAACUACUGUAGGGAGUUUAUUAAAACCAUUGAAUUCGGAAUAUGGUAAAGUAGCUCCCGGGUGGGGAACGACUCCAUUGAUGGGUGUCGCAAUGGCUCUAUUUGCGGUAUUUCUAUCUAUUAUUUUGGAGAUUUAUAAUUCUUCCGUUUUAUUGGAUGGAAUUUCAAUGAAUUAAAUCUAUAAGAAUAACAAAGUCCUAGCUUUUUGAAUAAAAAAUAAAUAAGUUAGAACUCAAUUUAAGGGCUUAUUCUAUUUUGGUAGUUCGAUCGUGGAAUUUAUUUCUUUCUGUAUUUCCGGAAUAUGAGUGUGUGACUUGUUAUAAUUGAUUCUAUUGAUAGUACAGAGGCUAGAUCUGUCACCUUGAUAAAGAUGGUUCUACUUCGUCGGAUAUUUGUUCAAAUAUCUGGAACACGAACUAGAUUAAGAAAUAGUUGAACUAUGAUUCAUACUGAAUAUUUGACCUCGUAUCCGGCGGCAAAAAAAAUGCAACCUGUUUGAAAAAAGAAAAAUCUUUCUUUUUUUUUUAGUCAUUUUAUCUAAUUCAUGAAAUACGUGAUCAACCAAGAUCAACCGAGGGUUCUUACUCAGAGAAUCCUUGGGUUAGCUUAGGAUUUUUUAUUAAAUCGUCGUGGUUCGAGUAUGAAUCUGAGGUUUUAAUCAAUUCAUAGGGUCUUAACAAGAGAAUUCCUAUUAAAUCACUAAUAAAGAAAGGAAAAAGCCUUAAUUAGAGACAAAAACAAAUUAAAUUUAAAUAAAAAGAAAUAGGUAAAGAGAAGAUUCAAGAGGCCCGUAAGAAUCAAAAUAAA